UUUUUUUUUUUUUUUUUUAGAUGAGAUGGUGUGUCAUUUCGGCAUAACAGUCUAUCAUUAUUACCUAUCUGUAAUUAUUGCGAGUUACAGUAUCAAUUCACUAACUUUGAACCCCCACUCAGCAGGUUGGUCGGAAGGAUUCAGUUAUGGCUUCACCAUGUUUGCCUACCGAGAACUGCUCGGCUAAUUAUUUGCUUUGUCCUGUCUUGUCCUGUCUUAUUUCUCGUUUGUUGUCUCUUUUGCCUCAACUUUUUGCUUUUUACUCUCUCAUUUCUGUCGCCUCUUCCACCCCAUCUAACCAUUUUCAGUAUUCUUUUCUUUUUUCUCUAUAUCAUGUUUUCCUGUCGCCAUUUCACAACAUGUCAUCAUAUGAUAUGAUAGAUUACAUCUGACUUAUGCGAGGGCCAUUUGCCAUUUUCAUGGUUAUGCAUAUUACACCUCAGAUGGAGCAUGAGGGUCCUAUCAUGUCUAGAUGAAGCGGUCACGGAUCACGGACUGUGUCUAGUACAUGUCGCAUGCCCAGGAAAAUGUCAGGUCUGGGAUCACCAGUGUGGGCUGAGGGACAAGCAACGCAACAUGACACGAGGCCGAGACAAAGGUUUAGAUUUGCUCAGCUGAAGAUGAAACGAUCGAGCCAAUGAUGAGGGGACAAAAAGACGUUAGAGAUAUCCGAGUGGAUGUCUGAAACAUGUCGAAUAACUGUUUGACGUCAAAGAUUGGAGUACAGUAACAAAGGUGUAUCGAUAAUACGGAUUUGGGGUUUUCCAGGCGGAUUGUGAAAUAACUUUAGCUUUGCAUGCAUCCACGGUCUAUACCCAAUGUCGACCUUUUGUCAACUGGUCGAUUAACAGACUUGGAUAUACCAAAACAAGCAGCUUCAUGCAGAUUUAGCUCCAUUCCUGCAGACAAAGCAACCACGGGCAGUUGGCUUCGGCGUGCUCUGUGGGGUUAGGGCAUGCGGGAUUCGAGAAGUGAGGACGAUAUGUGAGGGUGGGGAAUCGACUGUCUCUCGCUGCGGGAUAAGCAGUACGAGAGAGGAAUAUCCCCGGAUGGCCUCAUGUGGCGGCGAGGCACGGAAGAGAAGCAAGGGAUCACGGUGAAUCGAUUGGGAUCCGGCGAGUGCAAGGAGGAGGAGGAGAAUUCUGUGCCGUCGGGAAUGUUUAUGCCCACAGACGCGGCGUAGAAUGGCGGUCACUUCUGAUAUAUGCGAGGGAUAAUAUAAAAGUCUUUUCUGAAGGUUUCACGGCGGACUUGGAGAUGCUGAUUGGGUGCAUCAUUUGUUGACAGAUCGUGAAUCAGAUUUUGGACCUGCAUCUGCUUGGUCAGCUCGACCGAGGGCAGCGUGUGUACAGUGAUAUGCUGUCAUGAUGCUCCAUAGCAGACGCAUAACAGAGUUAACAUAUAGACAUGAUGGAUACGAAGAAGAGUUUUGAUUGGAA